GGUACGGGGCGCGGGAAGGCUCAAGGAGGUUGGACGCACGCGCGCUGGCGGGCCGCGAGCCGCCUGACGCUAGGCUUUCUGGGACAGGUAGUCUAACAGGGAUCAUCGAAUAAAGCGACCGAGCUGAGCCUACACUUCCCAGAAGCCCCGAGGCGGCGGCGGCGGGCCCGGGCCUGGUCCUCGCCAAGUGGGAUGGCGCUUUUAACCCACAUAUCUGCCUUGUCCGGACCCUCUUCUCCGCCCCCUUACUCCCGGGGCGCCCCAAUCCGCGGAGAGACACCAUUUUCCAACGGAGAGGGACGUGACGCACUGGAGCGGUGACUCCGCCCCACGCCGGCGUCUCCACGGCAACCGCCCCGCCUUCAGUCGGAGGUUUGCCCCCGUAGCGGCAUGGAGGAAUGAGGGGGUCGCGGCUGCAUGUGCGCGUGCGCAUGCCCUGCCGAGCUCGGAGGCCUGCUCGGGAGUCCGCAGAGGAGACCUGUCGAGGCCACCAGAAAGGGUGGGGGAAGGAAAGGCUUGGAGGCUCUCUGGGCCAACCGGGAUGGAGAAGGGGUCCAGCCCCAAGGCACCUGGGAAGAGGACCGCUCAGGGGCCCCAAGAGAGACCGGAAGUCGAUCACCCUGCAUGUCAAGCUCGAAGUACUGCGGCGCUUUGAGGAGGGCGAGAAGCUCACGCAGAUCGCCAAGACCCUGGGGCUGGCCACCUCCACAGUGGCCUCCAUCAGAGUCAACAGGGAGAAGAUCAAAGCCAAUUCUCAGGCGGCCACUCCCAUCAGCGCCACCCAGCUGACUCGGUGCCGAGGUGUGGUGAUGGGCAACAUGGAGAGGCUGCUGAGCCUGUGGAUCGAAGACCAGAAGCAGCAGCACUUGCCCAUCAAUACCAUGCUCAUCCAGGAGAAGGCCAAGAGCUUGUUCGAGGCCUUGAAGCGGGAGCAGGGGGAGAGUGCCCAGACAGAGACUUUUGGAGCGAGCAAUGGCUGGUUUGCCCGAUUCAAGGCGCGGCACAAUGUCCUCCUGACAGAUGAACCCGCUGUGGCAGAUACAGAAGCGGCUCGCAAGUAUCCCGACAUGCUGAGGAAGAUCAUCGAGGAUGGCGGGUACACGCCUCAGCAGGUUUUCAACAUCGACGAGACAGGGCUGUUUUGGAAGCGUUUACCCGAAAGGACGUUUGUGUCUCUGGAAGACAAGGCUGGGCCGGGCUUCAAGGCAUCUAAAGACCAUCUGACCCUGCUCCUCGGAGGCAAUGCUGCUGGGGAUUGUAAGCUGAAGCCCUUGCUUGUGUACCCUUCUGAAAAUCCCCGGGCUCUGAAGGGCUGCUCUAAGCCCAACCUGCCUGUGAUAUGGAGAUCCAACCGCAAUGACUGGGUGACCAUGAGCAUCUUUCAGGAGUGGUUCACCAACUUCUUCUGUCCUGCUGUGGAGAGACACUGUGCAGAAAACAACCUCCCCAACAAGGCCCUGCUGAUCCUGGACAGUGCCCCCUGCCACCCAGUGUACUUGGACGACCUCUCUGCCAAUGUGCGGGUGGAGUUUCUGCCCAAAAACACAUCAGCCUUGAUCCAGCCCAUGAACCAAGGGGUGAUCACCACCUUCAAGGCCUUUUACCUGAAGAGGACCCUCUGUCAGCUCAUCCAAGAGACCGACGGGGAAGAGAAGCCCACCAUCCGAGAAUUCUGGCGGAGCUAUAACAUCAUGACUGCUGUGGACAACAUCGCUGAGUCCUGGCAGGAGCUCAAGCCAUCCACCAUGAACGCCGUCUGGAAGAAGAUCUGGCCAGAGUGUGUGCUGGCCUCUGCCGAGGCUGAAGCCCUGCCGCAGAUCCAGCAGAACAUCGUGACGCUCGCCAGCCAUGGUGGCUUUGAGGGAGUGGCGGAGGACGAUGUUGUCCGCUUGCUUCAGUCUCAUGGGGAGGAUCUGUCGGGGACGGGGGAAGAGGAUGAGCUGUUGGGAAUGCCCUCCACAGGAGCAGGGCAGGACAGUGCCCUGGCUACCCCCCCGGAGCUGACCACAAAGCAUUUGGCAGAAGCCCUCUCCCACUUUGACAGAGGCUUGCAAAUCCUCACCGAUAACGAUCCCAAUCGGGAGCGGAGCCUGAAGGUGUGUAGAGAGGUGAACAACGUGAUUAGCUGCUAUCGGGAGCUGUACAGGGAGAAGAAAAGGGGUGCAAAAUAGAGAAGGGUCCCAGAGAAAGGACUUUCUGAGCCCCCUGGCUUCCUUGUUCUCCCUCUUUCCUUGGUACUGUCACUGUGUGGGUGCCUUCAGCCUUUGGUGAUCUGGUGGGUGGUCUUGGAGUUCUGCAGCCGGCCUUGGUGAGGAGCCUGAUCUUCAGAGAGACCAUCUACCCAUCCUUCGAGGUCUCCCAGUGCAGGAGGACCUUCCUGGCUUGUGCUCCACAGCCUCGGCCUCAGAGAGCCCAGAGCCUCUUCUGGGCAGGAUGCAGCAAGUAAAUCAAUAGGAGGGGUGUUAGAAAUCUGCUCAAGAUGGAGGAACAAACACCCACUGUGACCACUGGAUGUUGGGGAGGUUGGGAGCCUCUGUGGAGGGGACUGAGGCUGUGUCUCGUUCCAUAAACCACUUCAGACUUUGUUGUUAAGUAAAUAAACUCAUGUUUGGUUGACAAAUCUGGCUUCUGAGACUUGGCCCAUCCAUUUGCUGGGUCCCCAGGCCAGCAGAGAAAUGGCCCUAGGGGAGCUGAGGUUCUCUUUGGCUUCCCAAGGAAUUGGGAUGGGCGGAUGACCAGCUUCCUGAGGCCGCAGCUGUGUGUCAGACUCCAUAGUUGGCUUUGUGAGGCACAAGGAAAUGUUACAUGGGCUCUGUUCUCAGGAGCACCCAGUCUAAUGCAAAUAAUGAUGACCCCCACAAGGGAGAGAGGCAGCAAGACUCAAGGAAAACCUAGGACAGGGGGAGGACCGGGAGGCUUUGUGGAAGAGGUAAAGCCUUCAGAGAUGGAAGUGAGAGGGAGACCAUUGCAGAUAAAUGGCAUGGAUACCAAAUGUGCAGCUCAUAAGAUGGGGAGGUGUGGCACAACAAAAGAUUCAGGGGUUCUGAUGGCCUGUGAGCUCAGUGUGAGUCAGGAAUGUGAUCCAGCAGCCGAGAGCAUUGGCUUAUGGAGGGCCCAAUCUCUCGUUCUUCUUCCUUGGUUAGUCGGUCUCUGGGGGAGUGGCUUAGUUCAGGGCAUAAGGACGAGGACAGUAAAUGAGAGCCUCAUUCUUAGAGCCUCAAAGGCCUCCUUCCCUGUGAGGCUCAGCGGGAGAAUUGAAGCUUCACAAGUGAUAGACCUAUUCAGGAAGAAAGACACGAUGAGCAAUAGGCCAAUUUAGGGGCAGUCCAAAAGGGGAGACUGUCUCGGCUUCUGAAGUCCUUUCCAGCUUGAAAGUCAUGAGUCUCUUUCCCUUGGGCCCUCUUGCUUGUUUUGGGUUUGGUUUUUAUAUCACCCUAGUUUGCCCCAGUAUCAAGGGUUAAUGAACAGUGGUAGGGAUGGAGGGGGAAAUAACACUUCCAGACCCCAGUCUGUUAAAAAGCAGCCAUCCAAACGGCUUGGUACUGGUGAAAAAAGAGGGGUAAAUGAGUGGGAUAGACCAGGAAGGAGAGAAUUAAAAACAAGACAUUCCAGCCAGCAGAUUGCCAUGUAUGAUAGGCACAGACCUAGAUGUACACAUACACCUAGAGUCUACAUGUUUGUGUGUGUUAUACAUAGGUCCACACACAGAGACAUGUAUAUACACAUGUACAUAUAUAUGUCUCUAUGACGUGCUUUCAGUUCUUUUCCUCUUCCUCUCAGUUCUUAACUCCAUCCCUGCUGAGCUGUCUUGAUAUCCUGUUGCCAUGUCAACCUUGAUAUAUUCCAGACAGAAUUUCUUCACUAACUCGGAUUUCCUUCUCAGUCACAGUGUUGUCCUUGAUUCUUCCUUCUCUCCCAUAUUUAUUUUGUUGUUGUCUUGUCCACUCUACUUCCAUAAUAUCUUUUGACUGCAACCAUUUCUCACUAUCCCCAGUGCCAACCACAUGGAACAUAGCACAUGCACCAUGAAUGUUGGCUGAAUUCAGUUGAAUCUAGCACUUGUCUUUUGAAAUGAAUGGUUUUUAAUCAGCAAAAAUGAGCCUUGUCUCGUUCCUGCCUCCUUCCCCUGGAAUGAGAAAGCAAGGGGGGAAAAAUAAACAA